AUGGCUAUUGGAAACAACACACAACGAAGCUAUUCCAUCAUCCCCUGUUUCAUAUUUGUGGAGCUCGUCAUCAUGGCUGGGACGGUUCUACUCGCCUACUACUUCGAGUGUACUGACACUUUCCAGGUGCAUAUCCAAGGAUUCUUCUGUCAGGACGGAGACCUGAUGAAGCCUUACCCUGGGACAGAGGAAGAAAGCUUCAUCUCGCCCCUCGUGCUAUACUGCGUGUUGGCGGCAACCCCCACAGCUAUUAUUUUUAUUGGAGAGCUGUCCAUGUAUUUCAUAAAGUCUACCAGAGAAACCUUGAUUGCCCAGGAGAAAAUGAUUUUGACUGGAGAGUGCUGUUAUCUGAGCCCACUGCUCCGAAGGAUUAUUCGGUUUAUAGACUCCUGGUCUGUGAUGUCUUUCACUGUAAGCUCCUUAGGUGACAACAGCAACAAAUCUAAUGGGGAAAAUACCCAGCAGAGCAAAGCCAAGGGAAUGUAUAUCACAAGUACCAUCAAAACCAAAAGCAGUCGACUGGCGAAGCCCGUCUUGUGCCUGGGGACCCUCUGCACAGCAUUCCUCACCGGACUGAACCGAGUCUCUGAGUAUCGGAACCAUUGUUCAGACGUGAUUGCAGGCUUCAUCCUGGGCACAGCAGUGGCCCUGUUUCUGGGAAUGUGUGUUGUACAUAACUUCAAAGGAACACGUGGCUCUCCUUCUAAACCCAAACCUGAGGAUCCCAGAGAAAUGCCCCUAAUGGCCUUCCCCAGAGUAGAAAGUCCUCUGGAGACCCUGAGUGCACAGAAUCACUCGGCCUCCAUGACUGAAGUUACUUGA